ACUGAUAUGACAAAAGAAAUGAAAAGAUGGAUGAACAUAAAAUGGCGAUUCUAGUAAAAUUAUGAAAUUUAAGUUAAAAUUAACACGAAACCGGUAUUUUUAUAAUCUCACCGAACCCGUUUCUCCGCAAAGCCAAAGUAAUUUAUUAAGUGGACCGAUAAUUUUAAUUAAAUUAUUCAUACGGUUUUUUACCAAGUCGACUCGAUUUGCUGUAAUGUUGACAUUGACUUGUCACAACCGAAAUGUUUAUGAAUUUCAGGAAAAUUAUAGAAUAUACAGUAAUUUAAAAUUAAAAACAAUUAGUUCAAAGAUAAAAUACAACUAUUUCCACUAACCUCUAAAUACCAAAGAAUGAAUAAUAUAAAAGUUGAAAUAAGUUUGGAAAAUGAUGUCGAUUCUAAUGCACAAAGUCAUUCAAGCAGAGUUGAAGAAAUUCAACCCUUAGAUUUUGCAACUUUGACACAAUUUGAUGAAAAAGUUGAACAUGUACAAUACACCAAACUGCCUUUUAUAUUACAAGAAUUUUACACUGUCGUGAGACAGGAUGGAUUCAAAAUAUCAGCACAAUGUAAAAACUGCCCAAAUAAAAUUAUACAAGGAAAUACUACUUCCACUGGUAAUUUCUUAUCACACUAUAAGCGACUGCAUCCAAAUAUUUUAGCAUUAUCUCCUACAAUCAAUUCAGCAUCUCGGUCACGAGCUAAACAAAAACUGAAUUGUUACAAUUCAUUGCCAAAUAAAGUUCCUAAAUUAUAUAAACUGCCAGAUUCUAUGAUAAGUCAGGAAAACUCGGUUGAAACACAGUUACUAAAUAGCAAUGUAAAUGCAACUUAUAAAGUCAAUGAUACGUUUCAAUAUUUAUCUGGUUUCGGAUCAGAGUUUCAAUCCGAGGAUUCAAGAUGUCCUGGUGCCUUACCAGUUGGACAAAAUACACCACAAAAAUGUGCUUAUGGGUUAUAUGCCGAGCAAUUGUCUGGAACUGCAUUUACUGUGCCCAGAAUUGAAAAUAGGAGAUCUUGGUUAUAUAGAAUAAGACCGUCUGUUAUGCAUAAACCUUUCUCAAAAUUCAACGGAUCUCCCCAUCUUACCCAUAAUUGGGAUGAAUUGGAACCAAACCCCAACCAGUUGCGCUGGAAACCGUUCGACUUACCUGUAAAUAAACAAGUUGAUUUUACUUCCGGCCUGCACACUGUUUGCGGAGCAGGAAGCCCUCGUGAAAGACAUGGACUUGCUGUACACAUUUAUGCAUGUAACACCAGUAUGAAGGACAGUGCUUUCUACAACAGCGAUGGAGAUUUCCUUAUUGUUCCACAGCAAGGCACACUUACCAUAAAGACUGAAUUUGGGUAUAUGUCCGUGGCACCGAAUGAAAUCUGUGUUAUCCAACAGGGCAUGCGGUUUGCUGUUGAGGUUGAAGGUCCUUCUCGUGGUUACAUUUUAGAAGUUUAUAAUAAUCAUUUUAGACUUCCUGAUUUGGGGCCGAUUGGCGCUAACGGUUUAGCUAAUCCUCGCGAUUUUUUGGUACCUACAGCACAUUUUGAGGAUAGAGAAGUUCCAACUGGAUUCCAUAUUGUAAACAAGUUCCAGGGCAGUCUUUUUGUGUGCUCACAAGAUCAUAGUUGUUUUGAUGUAGUCGCUUGGCAUGGAAAUUAUACACCAUAUAAAUAUGACUUGAGUUUGUUUUGUGUUAUUAAUUCUGUUUCGUUUGAUCACAUUGAUCCUUCAAUAUUUACUGUUUUGACUUGUCCAUCUGCAAAACUUGGAACAGCUAUUGCUGAUUUUGUAAUAUUUCCUCCUCGCUGGUCCGUCCAAGAACACACUUUCAGACCACCUUAUUAUCACCGUAAUUGCAUGAGUGAAUUCAUGGGGCUGAUCAAAGGAAGAUAUGAAGCUAAAGAGGCAGGUUUUGUAGCUGGAGGAGCAACCUUACAUUCAAUGAUGACACCACAUGGUCCUGAUGCUCAAUGUUUCCAACAAGGUUCAAAUGCAACUUUGGUGCCACAGAGGGUUGCAGAUAACACCCAGUCCUUUAUGUUUGAAAGCUCCCUAAGUAUGGCAAUCACCAAAUGGGGCCAAGUUACUUGCGACAAGUUGGAUGAAGAUUACUUCAAGUGCUGGCAGGGGCUACAAAAGCACUUUCCAUUCGCCAAAGAACAAUGAGAAUUUAU